AUGGCGAGAGCCAAGCUGAAGAAUUCCCCUUCCGAGAGCAAUUCCCAUGUCAAAACCGUCCCGCCUGCGACGACAGAAGAUGUCCAUGGGGUGAGCCCCUUGUUGCCGUCUCGGAGGAUGGGAUCCAUGGGGAGUGAUGUCGGACAAAGGCCUCACGCCGAGGACUUCAGCGUGGAUUCCUCCUUCUCACAGGUGCAGGUCGAGUUCUACGUGAAUGAAAACACCUUCAAGGAGCGGCUGAAGCUCUUCUUCAUCAAAAACCAGCGAUCCAGCCUGAGGAUCCGGCUCUUCAACUUCUCCCUGAAGCUGCUCACGUGCCUCCUGUACAUCGUCCGUGUCCUGCUCGACAACCCCGAGGAGGGCAUAGGCUGCUGGGAAUGUGAAAAGCAGAAUUACACAGCAUUUAACCAGUCCACGAACAUAAACUGGUCACACAUCUUCUGGGUGGACAGAAAAACACCGCUGUGGGCUGUGCAGGUCAGCAUUGCUCUCAUCAGCUUUCUGGAGACCAUGCUGCUCAUCUAUCUCAGCUACAAGGGGAACAUCUGGGAGCAGAUUUUUCGCAUUUCCUUCAUCCUUGAGAUGAUCAACACGGUGCCGUUUAUUAUCACGAUAUUCUGGCCUCCUCUGCGGAAUUUGUUUAUUCCCGUGUUUCUGAACUGCUGGCUGGCCAAGUACGCCCUGGAGAACAUGAUAAACGACCUGCACCGAGCCAUCCAAAGGACCCAGUCCGCGAUGUUUAACCAGGUGCUCAUUCUGAUCUGCACCCUCCUGUGUCUCGUUUUCACGGGGACCUGUGGCAUCCAGCAUUUAGAAAGAGCAGGUGAGAAGCUCUCCCUCUUCAAGUCCUUCUAUUUCUGCAUCGUCACCUUUUCCACGGUGGGCUACGGAGAUGUGACACCGAAGAUCUGGCCUUCCCAGCUCCUCGUCGUCAUCAUGAUCUGCGUCGCCCUGGUCGUGCUGCCGCUCCAGUUCGAGGAGCUCGUCUACCUGUGGAUGGAGCGGCAGAAGUCGGGCGGCAACUACAGCCGGCACCGCGCCCAGACGGAGAAACACGUCGUGCUCUGCGUCAGCUCCCUCAAGAUUGAUCUCCUCAUGGACUUCCUCAACGAGUUCUAUGCCCACCCACGCCUGCAGGAUUACUACGUGGUGAUCCUUUGCCCAACAGAGAUGGACAUCCAGGUGCGGCGGGUCCUGCAGAUCCCUCUGUGGUCGCAGCGAGUGAUCUACCUCCAGGGCUCUGCACUGAAGGACCAGGACCUCAUGAGAGCCAAGAUGGACAAUGGAGAAGCCUGUUUCAUCCUCAGCAGCCGGAACGAGGUGGACCGGACCGCGGCGGACCACCAGACCAUCCUGAGGGCCUGGGCUGUCAAAGACUUCGCUCCAAACUGUCCCCUCUAUGUUCAGAUCUUAAAGCCAGAAAACAAAUUUCAUGUCAAGUUUGCAGAUCACGUUGUCUGUGAAGAGGAGUGCAAAUACGCCAUGCUGGCACUGAACUGCGUCUGCCCUGCCACCUCCACCCUCAUCACGCUGCUGGUGCACACCUCCCGUGGCCAGGAGGGCCAGGAGUCCCCGGAGCAGUGGCAGCGGAUGUACGGGCGCUGCUCGGGCAAUGAGGUCUAUCACAUCCGCAUGGGAGACAGCAAGUUCUUCAUGGAGUACGAGGGGAAGAGCUUCACCUACGCCGCCUUCCACGCGCACAAGAAGUACGGCGUGUGCCUGAUCGGCAUCCGGAGGGAGGAGAACAAGAGCAUCCUGCUGAACCCCGGCCCCCGGCACAUCAUGGCAGCGUCCGACACCUGCUUCUACAUCAACAUCACCAAGGAGGAGAACUCUGCCUUCAUCUUCAAGCAGGAGGAGAAGCAGAAGAAGAAGGGCUUUGCGGGGAGGGGCAGCUACGACGGCCCGUCCCGCCUGCCCGUGCACAGCAUCAUCGCCAGCAUGGGUACAGUGGCCAUGGACCUGCAGAACACGGAAUGUCGCCCUGCCAACAGCAGCAAACUGGCUCUGCCAGCCGAGAACGGCUCCGGGAACCGCCGGCCCAGCAUCGCCCCCGUCCUGGAGCUGGCAGACACCUCGUCCCUGCUGCCCUGCGACCUGCUCAGCGACCAGUCCGAGGACGAGAUGACACAGUCGGACGAGGAGGGGUCGGCAGUUGUGGAGUAUGUGAAGGGUUACCCCCCAAACUCCCCCUACAUUGGGAGCUCCCCAACUCUGUGCCACCUUUUGCCUGAGAAAGCCCCGUUCUGCUGCCUGAGGCUGGACAAGGGCUGCAAGCACAACAGCUUUGAGGAUGCCAAAGCCUACGGGUUCAAGAACAAACUGAUCAUCGUUUCGGCAGAGACGGCGGGGAACGGGCUGUACAACUUCAUCGUGCCCCUCCGGGCCUACUAUCGGUCCCGCAAAGAGCUGAACCCCAUCGUGCUGCUGCUGGACAACAAGCCUGAGCACCACUUUCUGGAAGCCAUUUGUUGUUUCCCCAUGGUUUACUACAUGGAGGGCACCAUCGACAACCUGGACAGCUUGCUGCAGUGCGGCAUCAUCUACGCCGACAACUUGGUGGUGGUGGACAAGGAGAGCACCAUGAGCGCCGAGGAGGACUACAUGGCAGAUGCAAAGACCAUUGUCAACGUCCAGACCAUGUUCAGGCUCUUCCCCAGCCUCAGCAUUAUCACGGAGCUGACCCACCCCUCCAACAUGAGGUUCAUGCAGUUCAGAGCAAAGGACAGCUACUCUCUUGCCCUUUCCAAACUAGAAAAGAGAGAGAGAGAGAACGGCUCCAACCUGGCCUUCAUGUUCCGGCUGCCCUUCGCAGCCGGGAGGGUCUUCAGCAUCAGCAUGUUGGACACGCUGCUCUACCAGUCGUUCGUGAAGGAUUACAUGAUCACCAUCACCCGGUUGCUGCUGGGCCUCGACACCACGCCAGGCUCUGGAUACCUCUGUGCUAUGAAGAUCACUGAGGAUGACCUGUGGAUCCGGACGUACGGCCGCCUCUUCCAGAAACUCUGCUCCUCCAGUGCAGAGAUUCCCAUCGGGAUUUACAGGACGGAGUCGCACAUGUUCGCCACCUCCGAGCCCCACGACAUCAGAGCGCAGUCACAGAUCUCAAUCAAUGUUGAGGACUGCGAGGACACCAAGGACAUCAAGGAGCACUGGGGGAUCAAGACGAGCCACCACAGGAACUCGUGCUCCAGCGACCAGUCGGAGCAUCCCCUGCUGCGGCGCAAGAGCAUGCAGUGGGCCCGGCGGCUGAGCAGGAAGGGCAACAAGCACUCCAGCAAGACGGCCGAGUGGAUCAGCCAGCAGCGCCUGAGCCUGUACCGGCGCUCCGAGCGCCAGGAGCUGUCCGAGCUCGUCAAGAACCGUAUGAAGCACCUGGGCCUGCCCACCACCGGGUACGAGGAUGUAGCAAAUUUAACAGCCAGUGAUGUGAUGAAUCGGGUAAACCUGGGAUAUUUGCAAGAUGAGAUGAACGACCACCAGAACACCCUGUCCUACGUCCUGAUCAACCCUCCCCCGGACACGCGGCUGGAGCUCAACGACAUCGUGUACCUGAUCCGCUCCGACCCGCUGGCCCACGUGGCCAACGACGGCCACAGCCGCAAGAGCAGCUGCAGCAACAAGCUGGGCUCCAGCAACCCCGAAACGCGCGACGAGACCCAGCUGUGAGCGGCCCCCCCGCGCCCAGAGCCCCUGCCAGGGCCGCAGGGCUCCGGGACAGGCGGCGGAGAAGAGGACGGGGCAGCCGGGGGGGCCGGAGGAAGGCCAUGCCCAGCCUGGCUCUGCGCCGUGGGAGGGACGCCCGGAGCCCCGGGAGGGGCGGGACAGCCGGACAGACCCACGGCUGGACAGAGCCACAGCCGGACAGACCCAUGGCCGGACAGACCCCCAGCCGGCGGCAGCGCCCCGUGGAUUUUAACUUUUUAUACCGAUACCGCAACUAGUGAGCGAGUCGGCGCGGGGGCCGGGGGGACGUGGCCGAGCCCGGUGCCCCCGCGGAGCAGGGCUGGGUUUGGUGUCGCCCCACAAGGGGCACGUUGGGUGGGGCUGGUCAAUGCGAGAGCAAAACUGCACCGAAACCCUCCUCCUCCUUCACCAGGUGUCCCCCCGGGUCCCCAAAGUUGUGCUCUUUCACCCAGCUCAUGUUCGUUGCCCUCCGCUGGGUUUCUGUGCCGGGUGUCCACGCGAGGAGCGCUCAGAGCUGUGCUGGGAAGGACCCAGGGGUGCCGUGGGAUGGAUGGGAUGGGGCAGUGCAGCCCCCACCGGUGCCAUGGCAGGGGCUGCUCUGCCUCCAGCACUUUGUGUCAUCUCACGAACCAAAACACGCCGAGCCCGGGUGACCAAAGCCGUGCCAUCCCCACGGCAGUGCCUCCUGGCACACGUGCCCAGCCUGAGCCCUGGCUACAGGCACGGUGCCCCUGGGUUUGUGUCCCCUGUUGCUGCUGCUGCUGCCGGGGGGGAUUUGGGGAUCCUUGUCCUGGGGGUGGGAUGGGGCAGAGUGCCCAGGCAUCACUGGCUGUGGUGGUUUGAUGUCUCAGCUCAGCCCUUUCCCCUCCAUCCAGGAGCAGUUGGGGCUCCAGCCCUCCCAUUUGUCCCGGUCAUGGCUUUUUGUCCUUCCCCUCCCUGAAGUCACAGAUCAAUAACACCACUAAGGCAGCGGGUUCUGCCUGUCCCCCUCCACCCCCCAUGGCCCCCCAGCAGCUCCAGCCAUCCCUGUUUGACUUUAUCCCCCCAUCCCCAUGGCUUUGCCUGCAGCAGAGGUGCAUGAACGUCCAGCAUCACCCACCCGUGGGGACCCGGUGGCAGCAGAGGCACCAGAUGUGUUUUCCAUCUAUUUUUGCACAUGUGGAAAGGGUUUAUUUGCCUGCCAAGCGACUGACCGAGGCAGGGUUAACUUUAUAUACUUUUGUGUUCAGAUCUUCAAACUCCAAUGUGGUUUUUUUUUGUUGUUGUUUGUUUUUAACAAGAAGCCUGGAAAGCACAACAUGGCCGUGAAAUCCCAUCAGCAUCCAACUGAACGGUUUGUUGCCAUUAACAUCCACUGUUUGCUCCCCAGGACACCCCAACUAAAUGUUUACAGGAAAAAAAAAACAAACAAAAGAAGCCAAAACCUGCUUAAAAUGACAGUUUUUAACAGUUGGGGGGAGAUGCCCUGGGGCAGCCCCAGCCCACGGGGAUGUGCUGCCCGUCCUGCCCGUGGCGCUGGGGGAGAAUUGGGGAUGCCCAGAGUAGGACCUGUGCCAAGGUAGGACCUUGAGAAGGUGUUGAGAGAGACCUGCUGUGCCUGGAUGGGGGUUUUGGGGUCCGUUUUUUUUAUUAUUUAUUGUUGUUUUUUCCUGAAGUGCUGGUCAGGAGGCCCUGGGUGAUGGCACAUCCCGGGCUUGGAGAGGCACCACAGGGAAAAGCAGAGUCCAACCUUCCUGCUCCACUGAGCUCUGGGCACAAACAGAACUGUCUCUAAUGUUUUUUUGGGGGUUGUUUUAUUGCCUUUUUUUUUUUGCCUUUUUUUUUCAAUUAUUAAUUUCGUAUCUAUUUGGUUAAGGCGGAUUCGUGUUUUAUUUAUUUCUGCUCGUAACUUCACGUGCCAAAUCUGUCACUUCAAAUGAAAAAAAAAAAGGGUAAAAAGUGGGAGGGGUUGAAGUACUAAAACACACGCUGGCUCUGUGUUAAUGUAAAGCCUCAGGAUGCUCAGAUCACCCCAAAAAUGCCUCGUUGAGCAUUUAUGUAUUGAAUUGCCUACAUCUGAGACAGAGCAUUUUCCAAACCCCACUUUUUCAAGGGACAGUGGAACAAAGCAGGGUUACAGGUUUAAAAAGAAACCCAGAUCCCAAAUAAAAUAACAGAUGUGAUUAUCUGCAUGUGUCUACUCAGAAUAUACAAUUUUUAGGUGGGUAUUUUUGUUUGACUGGCUGCUGGGGGGCAGGACGGGGUGAGCACAGUGUUGGUGGGUGUGGAGAAGCAAACAAUGCUCCUCAGCUAAACCCUCUCAUUUCAAGGCACUUAAAUUCCAUAAAAAACCCUUAAAUUACUUUAAAUUUCACUCCCCAGCCCCAAGCAGCCAGGUCAGCCAUGUGGCCCAGUCCGUGCUCCAGAGGCUCCAUCGGAGUGUUGGGUCCCUCUCCUCCCUCACCAGGCACACGAGGUCCUUCCUGACCCUUAAUCCCAGGAAAUAAUCAACCUCAGAGGAAGCCACAAACCAAAAGGACUAAAGGCUCUCCAUGGCUUGUGAUCCUCCCAAAACACCCUCAAUAUUCCCAUAUUUUGACGACGGCCAGUGUAUAAACCCCUGGAUUCCAGGCAGGCGCUCCCCGUUCCGCAGGGUCGUUCUUCCUACGGUGUAAAAUUCCAGCCAAACUCCUCCUGGGAUGGAGGAACAACCCCCUGUAGAUAUUCACCCACGGGCAAGGCAAGUCUGAGAACCGAGGGUUCAUUUUUUUUUUCUAGUUCUUUAGCCUCAGUUACAAUACUAAUGUAAAAAACAGAAGUAUUUUAUUUUUUUAAUGGAGCAGCGACAGGAGUCGUUUCUGUUUGGGACAGGAGCACAAGGACCUUCCGUGGAUGGUUGUUGCUUCCAACCACUUGGAAAAAACCUGAUUUUCGGAAGGCAAUAGUUGUGCUCCAGUGCAGAGGCAGGACAGGCCCUGGGGAGCUGCAGAAACGAGGACAGCUGGGAUCUUUUGGGGUUUUCCAGCAGCAUGUUACGUGUCCACUAACGCCCGAUACGCUCAAUAUGGACUAAAUCCAUAUAUCCUGCAUUAAAUAUUACAGGUAUAUUUAUUUCCUGUUAUACCCCUUUUUAUUUAAUCUCUCUAGAACAUGACGUUUGUAUUCCAAGGUCGGCUCCUGCAUGGAAUUUUUUAGCAGCAACAAGCAGGUGAAACUCCCGUCUUUCCUCUCGGAGACCGAAUUUUGGGAGCUGUUCUGGGACGCAGCCAAGGGGAGAGGGUUUUGUACAAUUACUGUGAAGAUGCUUCACAUUUCUGUAAAGAUAAAUGAAAAUAAAAGAGCUGCAUGCAGCAACAGGACAGA